AUGGAGGAUCGUCUUCCUCAUGAUGAUGGCGGCAAACUAAAAUACUCCUUUGAGGGUUUUGCCAGCCGUAUUAUGGAUGUUGACGGAACUAAGUGGUUACCGCGUCGGGGAUCAGUUCAGGUGCCUCAGACCGAACUCAGGAAGCCUCACGUUGUUGAGGAACGUUCAAGCAGCAAUGUUUCAGAUCAGGGGGAGAAGGUGCGAACGGCAUCUAGGGUUUCGGAUAAUGUGAAUUUUGGUCAGGAGUUUCAGGUUAACCGAAGUGCUGAAGAUAAAAGCUCAACUCCGAAGUCUUAUGCAGAUUCGGUUGUGGCAGCAAACCCUGUCAAGGUAAAUUUCAGAACUCUUGCUAGCCCUGAUUUGCAUGAAGGCUGUGAUGUGGUGCUUCCUCGAGACUCUAUUCGGGCUGUUCAGGACAAGUUAGCAUAUACUCUCUACGGUUACUUCUUGGGGGAUCGAGUUGCUUACCCAGUAGUGGAUUAUUAUGUACGGAAUAAUUGGAAAAAGUUUGGAUUGCAAAAAUCCAUGAUGAAUGCCAAUGGGUUCUUCUUUUUCAAGUUUGCGGAUGAAGCUGGGAUGAUGAAUGUGCUUAAGGAGGGUCCUUGGAUUAUCCGAGCUCAGCCUAUUUUUCUAAAUAUUUGGUCUCCAACUUCAAAACUUGAAAAGAAGGAGGUAAAGAAAUUGCAAGUGUGGGUCAAAAUACAUGAUGUUCCGAUUGUUGCUUACACGGAGGAUGGAUUGAGUAUGAUUGCUACGGCUAUUGGCGAGCCGAAAUUGUUGGACACUUACACUUCAUCAAUGUGUAUGGAUUCGUGGGGAAGGAGUAGUUAUGCUCGAGCUCUGUUAGAAAUCUCAGCUGAUAAUGAUUUUAAGGAUGAGAUAGUUGUAGCGAUUCCAAACCUGGAGGGUGAAGGUUUUUGUAAACAGAAACUAUAUGUGGAGUAUGAAUGGAGUCCUCAUAGAUGCUCUCACUGUAAAGUCUUUGGCCAUUCUGAUGAUACUUGUCCGAGGCAGACUAGGAGGGCUCCUAAAGAGCCUACGAAGAUCCUGAAACAGCAGGUUGGGAACAAUACUCGUAAGCAAGAGAAAUCGCCUGUUGUAGACAAGGAUGGUUUCAUGGAUGUGGAUCGCAAGAAAGUGGCGAGAAAAACUGGAUUUCCUGUUAAUAAGCAGAAGCAGAAGUUUGAAUAUAGGCCGGUUGGUCCGAAACCGAAUGGGGGGGCUUCAUCUUCGGUUCCUCCAUCCAAGGUUAAAAUUCAAAAUAGGUUCGGUGCGUUACUGGAUGAAGAUCCGGUUUGGGGUUCUUCAAGUAAUGCACACCAUGAUCAGCAGGAUUCGGAUGAUGAGGAGGUUCUUGAAGCUUAUAACGAAACUAGUGAUUUUAUGACUUCGGGUACAUCUCCUUUGUCUUCCAAAGCAGGGGCAAGCACCUCCUCCACAAAAAUUUUCAAUGGAUAG